UGCAGAUAACGGGAUAAGAGUGCAAUGGCUGCCAGAACUCAUUGAACUGUUUGGGUCGAUGAGUCCAUGAGUUUAUGGCUUUUGAAGCCUUCGUGAAAGCCACUGUGGUUGGACCGGUUGGAUGCUCGCCCAAGGCGCCCACGGCGCCCAAGGCGUGUGACGCGACUGACGAUGUGAAGCUGCCGCCACGGCCGAGGUCGGCGGUGGCGGCCUCCUUUCGACGCCCACUCCCUUCACCGCGACCGCCUUCGACUCGCUUGGAACGAGAAAGAAAUCCAUGGCGAAAGAAGAAAAAAUCGAAGCCCAAGCUCGACAAGCUCCAGCAAGUUCUUCACCCGCUUCACCAAACUCACACUUCACAACUUUCACAACUUUCACAACUUCCAGCUCCAGAAAAAGCCGUUGACCGUCUCGAGGACCUGGAACCGGAAUCACCGAUGAGUCGAUGCGACAGCCGCAAGGCGUGCCGGGCGAAGAUUCGCCGGCCUUGGCGAGAACCGCCAGUGCCCACUUCGCCCAAGUCAGACCCACUCUCUCCGAAGUCGAGGUGGAAGAAUGCAGUCGAUGCUAUAACUGCCAGGAACUCUGACCUGGUGAAGCAACGUUCAAACAUGAGUCAGUCUGUACGGCGACGUAUUCGAGCCUUUGACGAGCGAAUGGCGAUCCUUGCGAAUGGAGGGGCGAAGGUAGCAGCCAAUGAGAACAGUGACAGCGAAAGUGAUCAAGGCGAGGGGGAGGAGAUCAGAAGCAGCCUGGCAGCCACAUUUAUGUUACUGGACUUGGCCUUUGCCAUGGAGCAAAAGGAGGAGAAGGAGGAGUUGGUCGAAAUGCCAUGCAAGGUGAUUUCGUGGUCAUCCCAGCGUGGCAACUUUCCAGCCUUCAAUCUGCUGGGCACGUCUAGCUGCUGGCAGAGUGAAAUUGGCAUGACCCGGGACCAACAUCUGACAUUUGAGCUGGAGGAUGUUCCAGCACCGCUUGUGGCCAUUCAGAUGGAGGUAGUGACCAAGGAAGUUACACCGAAAAGAUGCAAGUUGAUGUUUUCAACCAAUUCACCAAUGGGGCCCUGGCAAACCGCCUGGACAUUUGUUGUACCAGAACACGUUGCAGAGCGUGGCCUAAGAUUCUUCAACAAGUCGAAGGAGGAAAUCAAGAGCGGAAUGGAAUCAGCUCCCUGGUGGCGUUUGGCAAUGGCUGAUAACUAUGGCUCCCAGGCAUGUAUCGCCAUUGCUGCUCCGCUGAAACUCCUGGUAGAAGAGCGAGGAGAUCAUGCUCGCUUGAAACAAGUCAAGAAGACCACCAUCUCUUCUUUCUUGGACAAUUUUAGCUUUGGGCAGGCUCGCCUGGUGAGCAAUCUGUCCGCAGAGGAGAAGAUGGACAAAAGGCUGGCAACAACCUACAAGCUGGACCCUGAAUUCAUCGCAGAAGCUCACGAGCACUUCAAUGCAAUGGAUCGGACAAAGUGUGGCUGGCUCCCGAGAGUCGCUGGAAUAAGAAAGACUGGCAGACCUGGAUGGUUCAGCCACGUGUCUGAAAAUGGGGACGAAGUGACGAAGUGUGCAGCCUGGGAUGCUGACUUUACCAUCGACUUCGAAGAGUUUGUGAUUUUUUUGCAUGUGCUGAACAAGACGGCGGAGGGCUUUCAGAUGAGCUUCGGCGAACUUCUGUUCCCGGGCAUCGUCAAGAAGGAAGUACCCGAAGGCCAAGAGGAAGAAGUGCAAAAGCCGCAGGAGGAGACGGUGCGAGACCCUCACGAGAUGUCCUGGAAGUUGAGCAGAAACAAACAGGAGGAGCUCAUCCGUGGCGUCGUGGCGCAAAAUCUGCCAAACCGCCGAGGUUCGCUGCUUGGACCGAUGCCAGAGAUGCCAGAAAUCUCUAUUACGCAGGCACGGCGGAGUGACGCGUCUCGCACGCGUCAAAAGCCCAAAGAGCCCCUGAAUUUAGCACGUGCAUCACUCCUGUUUGCUCAGAGCGGCAAUCCUGAGAGUGACCCCGGAUCUCCUUGA